GGGUGAUUUACGCGAUUAGCCCUGUGUAUAGGUUACCAACAAAAUCUUAGAUUAACCUAUAUAAUUAAAUACCAUGUUAGAUUUCAUGUUGUCUUAUUACUAUAAGCCAAAUGUAAAUUUAUAAAACUCCAAAAACAGUUGUGUUGUGGCACGUAAGCGGACACCUCUGCAGCGGGGUCCUGAACUCCGCAGGAACCAGGAAGAGAAGAUGACGGUCCACAACCUGUACAUAUUUGACCGUAAUGGCAGCUGUCUGUAUUAUAACGAGUGGAACCGCAAGAAGCAGGCGGGCAUCUCCAAGGAGGAGGAGUUCAAGUUGAUGUAUGGGAUGCUGUUUUCCAUCCGCUCAUUCGUCAGCAAGAUGUCUCCUCUGGACAUGAAGGAGGGCUUCCUGUCCUUUCAGACCAGCAAGUAUCGUCUUCAUUACUACGAGACUCCCAGCGGACUGAUGUUUGUCAUGAACACAGACCUGUCUGUCUCCAACGCCAGAGAGACGCUGCAGCACAUAUACAGCAACCUGUAUGUGGAGUACAUCGUGAAGAACCCGGUGUGUGUGUUGGGUCACAGUUUGGACAGCGAACUGUUCAGCAGCCGACUGGACGCCUUCAUCAGAGCUCUGCCGUACUACAGCCCGCGAGCUGCUUAACACACACACACACACACACACACACACACACACACACACACACACUGACAUCUGCACACACACACACACACACACACACACACACUGACAUCUGCACACACACUCAGUUUGACUGUGUUUUAUUGUGGAAGGUAUGUGUGUUUCCUGUCUCCUCUCUGUUGAAUGUCUUUAUUAAAGCACCAUGAAGCUUCA